CCUACGAUUCCAAAUCACGUGCACCGGGCGGAGGUCCCUGAGCUGGUGACGUUACUUUCAAUAAGCGGCGCUGGGCUGUACCAGCUUCAACGAAAGGAAGAAUAGAAUAUGGUUCUUAUCAAAGAAUACCGUGUGGUUUUACCUUGUAGCGUAGAAGAGUAUCAAGUCGGGCAGCUCUUCUCUGUGGCUGAAGCCAGUAAAAAUGAGACGGGUGGUGGUGAAGGCAUUGAGGUGCUCAAGAAUGAGCCUUAUGAAAAGGAUGGAGAGAAAGGACAGUAUACACACAAAAUCUACCAUCUAAACAGUAAAGUUCCAGCGUUUGUCAGGCUCCUGGCCCCUGAAGGCUCUUUGGUAUUCCAUGAAAAAGCUUGGAAUGCCUACCCCUACUGCCGAACCAUCGUGACGAACGAAUACAUGAAAGACAGUUUCUUCAUUAAAAUUGAAACGUGGCACAAACCUGACCUGGGAACACAAGAAAACGUGCACAAACUAGACAGUUCUACAUGGCAGAACGUAGCGGUCGUGCCCAUUGACAUUGCAGAUAGGAGUCAAGUUUCUGCUGCUGACUACAAGCCAGAUGAGGAUCCAGCCAUCUUCAAGUCGGUUAAAACUGGUAGAGGACCUCUUGGACCCAACUGGAAGAAAGAGUUGGUGAAUAAAACUGAGUGCCCAAGGAUGUGUGCCUACAAACUGGUCACAGUCAAGUUUAAGUGGUGGGGGCUGCAAACCAAAGUGGAGAACUUCAUUCAUGAGCAAGAGAAGAGAAUCUUCAAUAACUUCCAUCGCCAGCUGUUCUGCUGGAUCGAUAGAUGGGUGGAGCUGAAUAUGGAUGAUAUUCGGCGGAUGGAGGCAGAAACUCAAAGAGAGCUCGAUGAGCUUCGGAAGCGGGGCGAAGUUCGGGGAACCUGCGCCGCAGACGAAUGAAAAGACACAAUUGGAAACAGCCACAAUUCAUCGGAGUCUAAGAAUGGUCCUUUAACGCCUCUUUUUACCCAAACUGAUUCAGGCUGUGGAGGAAGGAGCCCAGCUACCUGCGAUCAAUAGAGCAGAUCCUUGACUUGACCCCAAUCAUAGACAUUCUGUCCUGUGAGGAAUUGAUUUCUAGAAAGCAACACAAUCGUAGCUUAAAAGACUCUGGUUACUUUUGAUCUCCUGGGCAGAGAAAGGCCAUCUAUCAUCAUCUUGUAAGAGAAAGCUACACUUUGGGAGACAUGUAGGGAAGUAUUUGCUGUAUAGAUGAAUACAAAGCAGUGCUUAUAUCUUGAGGCUGAAGUGUUGGACCAAAUAUUUCCUUUUGUGUUUUAUGUUUUUCCUUUUUUAUUGCAUCAAACACAUUCCUCACUAGGCACUGUCCCCUCUGCCUCUUCUUGACUCUUUGCUGCCGACAUGGAGGCUCAGUGGUUUGCAUUCCCUGACGUGAGUGUUUGUUACACUCAUGUUCCUUCCUGCCACAGCCUCCAUUAAGUGAUUACUAACACACUUGGCACCCAGGGCCAUUAAAACCUCCCCAGUCACCUCACCUUCACCAAAGUACUGCAUCUUAUUAUCUCUGACAAUCAUGCCCAUACAGGUAUUUACUCUCACUUCUGCUCAGACUUAGUGUAAAGCCUCACUAACUCAUGACACACGAGGAUGAACGUGUGAAUUUGUUCUGAGACACACAAGCAUGCACAGGUGUGGAUGCCUUUGUGCUGACUGAUCGCUUACAAGCUCAGGCUGGGCAGAUCCUUGCAAGCUUGUGUAUCAAAAAAGAUGUUAACAGCACUCAGCAGUCCCUUCCCUCCCUCCUCAUCAUCACUGUUCUAGACAUUCACACGCAGCAUACAGCCUAGCGUUCACAUCCUUAACAGAUGUCUCGAGAGGAAAAAACUGCACUGAAUUAAAAAAAUAAUAAAAAUCCACAGAUGGGUGCCACACCCCUCCAGCCUCUGUCACAAGCCAAGCCGUAGUGCGCUCACUCCAGAGGCCCGUCUCACUCGUGUGGUUUCUCAGAGGUAGACGGUUUUUUUAAAAGGCCUCCUCUUUAGCUUCAUUCCAGUCAUGUUUACAGAGUCAUAAUUGCUUUAUUAGUGCCCAGUUAACACCAGCAUCACACACUGCUUGCCUUAAUCUGCAGACCUUUAAUACCGAUCCCACCUCUCAGCUCUGCUGCCAGCUACUGCUAUCUACCUCCCUCGUUUCUAACUGGCAGUUUUCCUAAUGCCUGCGGAUUAGCAUUAGCCAUGAGCUGCUGCUUUCCUAGAGUAAACCUUGGUAGACGCAGCUUUAUGGGUGACUUUUGUGAUUAAUCUUUACUCUUAUUCAGUGAAACUGAAUGUUUCUAUCAUGGCACCUGAGCAAGUGCAAUUCCUUCCACGUGUUGGAGUGUUUUCUGUCACAGCGAAAGGCUGCAGAUUACCAUCAGAUGAAAGAUUUGCCAAAUGAUCGACUUUGAUUACUGUAGCACACUUGUUUGGUUUCCAGAACCAUCAUGAACCAGUGCUUGUGUUGUACAUGCGGUGUACUCAUCUGAUCCCUUCUGGGCUUUCCUGUUAUUGUUGUGUAUCGAUGACUCGUAGCGUGCCUCAGAAUCUAGAAUUUGUUUUUAGAACUCCUGAUUUCGUAUUUACCUACAAAACAGAAUUAUCGACGGUUUAUUGUUUUUGUUUUUCUGGUAGUCUAACGAGAAAAUGCACUCGUUCUCAGCAGGCGUUUUGUUCAAAGAGUUGAAAUUCAACUGUUUUUGUUUACACAUAGGAACUCUGAAGAUAGUUGUCUAAAGAAACAUUCAGGCAAAAUGUUCUCAGGUGAAAGAAUUAGGUAUUUUAGACAUAAAAUGGUUGCUUCAUUCUCAGUAUGACAGCUUAAAAACAUGAAACAUUACAAUUUCACUACCAAAGAAACCAUGUUAUAGCUUAUUCCGUUUCAAUGCCACCUCAUCGUUGCUGUCGGAGCACGGCAGGUGUGUGAAACGGUGGUCUACGCCAAACUUUCCAAUGAAAUCUGAAAUUUCUGCAGAGAUGUUGUAAAUCCAGCAGCUUCAGUCAGUGGUGUCAAAGCUGGCCCAGUCGUUUUAAUGCUAGAGUCUCAAAAAGAAACUAAUUUUGUAUCCUAACUGAUAAAAUCUACAAAUAUUUACAGGCUUGCUUUUAAAACGUUUCUGAUUGGAUUAAAAAAGGAUUCAGGGGAUGUUGUGAAUGUGUAAUUCAUUGUGCCUUUUCUUUUUCUGGAGAUCUCGUGUGUUAAGUCUGCAUGUUGUAUCCAAGUAUAAUAAAUUUCUUUAAGAUACAUAAA